UAAAAUGGGAAUCUGAAACGGCAUCGUUUCAAUGGUGUCUUCAUCCAUCAGGAAUCUCUUCUUCCCCUCCCAAUGUAGACGUUCUUUCAUUUUUCCCGUUAUCCAAACACAUUUUCGGUCCAUACAGAAAUGGCUGCUCAAUUUUGUUGCAAAUUUACUUCGGCGAAUCCAAUGAUCUUACAAAUCGAUUCUUUCUCUAAACAGAAACUAUCUUCUCCAUUAUACUUUAUCCCUACGAGAAACCCUGUAAAAUCCCUGAAUCUGACGAAUCCAUGGCUGGGCGUUGAUUCUUCGAUCUCUCUCGAUUCUUCCGCCUCCGUCCUACGAACUAAUUCAAUCACUCGCCGACGCAUCCCAAUCGCCGUCGUUUCCAGCUUACCCACUGCGAAUCCGGAAUCUGCGGUUUCUGAUGCGAAAAAACCCAAAUGGUCAUGGAGAGGAAUCAAAUCAUUUGCCAUGGGAGAGCUUGAAGCUAGGAAGCUCAAGUAUCCAAAUACUGGAACUGAAGCACUUCUCAUGGGUAUUUUGAUUGAAGGAACUAGUUUUACUUCGAAGUUCUUGCGGUCGAAUAAGAUAACGCUUUACAAAGUUCGUGAAGAGACAAUCAAGUUACUAGGAAAGGCAGACUUGUAUUUCUUCAGCCCGGAACAUCCUCCUCUAACCGAAGAUGCUCAAAGAGCACUUGACUCAGCUGUGAAUUUUAAUCUCAAAGCAGGUGGUAUUGGGGAAAUAAUGCCAGCCCAUAUACUGCUGGGGAUCUGGUCGGAAGUUGAAUCUCCAGGUCACAAGAUACUAGCAACUCUAGGUUUCACUGAUGAAAAAGCUAAAGAGUUAGAGUCCUUUGUCUCUAGAUCUGGAUUUUUAGAUGAAUAGUGUAUUAUUAUUACAUGUAUCAUCCUCCAUUAAUGUCAUCUUAAUUUUCGUAUCAAACUCAAAGUUGCAGUUUGCAAUAAUGUUCUUAUAUGUUUGAUCCUACUGAUUUCUUAUUUUCAGUUCUUUGCUUUUUGCCUGGAAGACUUUAAGGUCUUCCACAAAUAAUUACCAACAGUGAAUGGAUCCUUAAGCUUUA